AUUUUUUGUUGAUAAAGAGAUUAAUAGAGUUUUUAAAACAAAAGUAUUAGUAUUAAGUUAAAGUUGAUAAAGAAGUUGAAAGGGAAAGUUUAUAAUUUGAAAAGUGUAAACUUUAAAAGCUGAUAAUCGUAAUCAUAUUUGAGGGUAGAUUAGCAAUGUGGAGUUCAAGCAGAGUCUCCGAAGAGGAACAGAGUGAACCUUUUCCAUUCUCAACUUCUGUCUUCAAUUUCUCUUCCGGAAACCCUAGAAUCGAAGAAACUCGCGGCCUCAUGCACUUCUUCCCCGACGAAUCUCCUCCUUCUCUUCCGGUCGAACGGAAACCAUUGGCAUGUGUUCUAGGAGUACCAAAUCACAUGACAUAUGCGGAUUUCUGCCAAUUCUGUGGUUCGUUUAUUCAGCAUAUUCUUGAAAUGCGAAUUGUCAGAAUGGAUUCAAUGGAAGAUCGAUACAGUGUUUUGAUUCGCUUCGAUCAACAAGAAUCCACGGAUGCUUUCUACACUCAUUAUAAUGGCCGACGUUUCUCAUCUCUUGAGGUUGAGGUGUGUCGUGUUGUUUUUACAUUAGAUGUGCAGUAUACAGGCUCCAUUGAACAUGCACAACCUUCCAAUGCCACUUCAACUGAACAGCCUACAUGUCCUGUUUGCCUUGAGCGAUUAGAUCAAGACACAAGUGGAAUUCUUACAACCAUAUGCAAUCAUUCUUUCCAUUGUUCCUGUAUUUCAAAAUGGGCAGAUUCUUCUUGUCCUGUAUGCCGCUAUUGCCAACAGCAGGCUGAAAAAUCUAUAUGUUUCAUUUGUCAAACCACCGAAAACCUUUGGAUAUGUGUUAUAUGUGGUUUUGUUGGUUGUGGAAGAUAUAAAGGAGGGCAUGCGAUAAUUCACUGGAAAGAGACGCAGCAUUGCUAUUCCUUAGAAGUGGAAACUAAGCGCGUCUGGGAUUAUGUGGGAGACAACUAUGUUCAUAGACUUAUUCAGUCCAAAACUGAUGGGAAGUUAGUUGAGCUGAACUCCCACUGUGUGCACGCAGACAGUGGAUGUGGCAGCUGUGGAGAUAAUGCCAUGAGAGAGGCUAUACUUAAUAGUAAAGUCGAAGCUAUUGUCAAUGAAUACAAUGAGUUGCUUGCUACUCAACUCGAAAACCAAAAAUUGUAUUUUGAAUCCUUAUUACAACAAGUAGAACAAGAAACUGAAGGAAAAAUUUCUGUAGCUGUUCAAAAGGCUGUGAGUCUCAAACAGCAAAAGAUUCAGUCCAAGAUCGAUAGAUGUAACAAAGAGAAGAAAUUUAUGGAUGAGCUUAAUGACAAUCUUUUGAAGAAUGAGGAGAUUUGGAAAGCCAAGAUGCUUGAGAUUGAAGAGAGGGAGAAAAAAGCUUUAAAACGGACUGACGAUAAGAUAACGGGCCUAGAAAAGCAGCUUAGUGAUCUCAUGGUUUGUCUUGAGGGUGGAAAGGCGGUAGAACAGCUGCCAUUGUUAAAUGAUACAACUGGUGCAACUGUCUCGGACAUUUCAAAAGAAUCCUCAUCAACUUUGUAGUUCUUAACUGGGAGUUGAAAGGGAAAGAGAAAGAGAAAGGGCAGGAACAAGGUAAGAAAACACACCCCUGCCCGUUUGAGGGAACAUGGAAAAUUAGUUAAGGUGAAGCCAUUUGAGGUUUUUUUUAAAUCAUCCAUUCCCUUACUUUAAAAUUCUCCCAAAAACACUAGGAAAGAGUCCAUUUUUCAUUCACCUCCUAGACAAGCAUUGCGUUGGUUUACCUGCACCAUACAAAACUAAACUGAAGGACGGUGGCACGAGUUGAGAUGCUUCCGCCUGUUUUUGUGUUGUUAAAACUUUAAAGUGGCAUGUUUGUAAAUAAAUAGAUAAAUAUAUAGAUAGCUUUUAAGAGAGGAUUUUUCAA